AUGGAUGUUUUAAUGAGAAGAUUCAGGAAUGCGAGAAGAGGAAGGAUUCCACCUAGGCGAUCCAAGCAAUAUAAUGAACAAGACAAAAAUAAUGGAAAAUGCUACGAGUGUGGAAGAUUUGGACAUGUUCAAGGAUGCUGGAUAGAUAAGGACACCUCAGACGAUGAACGCAAAGAUGAUAAUGAGAACUGUUUCAUGUCACGAGGUGAAAAAAGUGAGUCUCAAAAAAUGAUGAAUGCACUAAAGAGACUCAACAAAGAAUUAAAAGACUGGAAACUCAAGCAUGAAGUAUGUGAAAUUGAAAAAGAAGUACUUCAAGAAGAGUUUAAGGAAUUACAAAUGCAACUCAAUGGCAUGCGCAAAUCCACUAGUCAUAGUUCUGUCAGGUUAAACCAGGCAACUUACAAGUCAACCGGAGAAGGACCAGCUAGAACAAAGUCCACUAGAACACCACAGGAGGAGUUGCAAAGGAAAUGGUACUUAGAUAGUGCAUGUUCUAGUCACAUGACAGGUGAUAAAAACCUGUUUAAGGAAGUUACAAAAAUAGAUGGAGGAAGUGUUAAGUUUGGCGAUGAUUCAAAAGGAAAAAUAGUUAGUACCGGAAUAGUCCCUUUCAAUAACAACUGCGAUAUCACUGGAGUUUAUCUUGUUGACGGACUUAACUACAAUCUUCUGAGUAUAAGUCAGCUAUGCGACUCAGGGUAUGAGGUAAAAUUCAAGAAAACAGACUGUGCUAUUGAAAAUGAGACAGAAUUAGUACAUGUUAUAUUUGAUGAAAAUAACUCUUCGACCGAGAAAGAAAUUAUUGCAGGUAAUGAAGAUCAAGCUCAAGAAAUUCUGGAGACAAACAAAUCUCAAGAGUCGACUAAUGGAUCUAAUGUUGUGAUAGAGUCAACUAAUGAAACCACCAACAAUCCAAUAGAACCUUCGAAAGAGUCAACUACUCAUAUAGUUCGUCCAAAUGAAUGGAAAAGUGAACCUGAAUAUCCUCAAAAAUUCAUCAUAGGAGAUCCUAGCGAGGGAAUGAAAACCAGGGGAGCCCUCAAGAAGAAAGCAAACAUAGCGCUAAUCUCUCAGAUUGAGCCAAAAAAAUUGAAGAAGCUCUGA